AUGAACACUUGGAAUAGUGGACUUUUCGAUUGUUUCAGUGAUAGUGGUAUUUGUUUAUAUGGUUGCUUUUGUACACCAUGUUUAUAUGGAAAAAAUGCUGAAAAAAUCGAUGGAAGUAGCUGUUGUAAUUCAGGGUGUUUAUGGUACUUGAUGUCGGGAUGGAGUUUAUGCUGUUUAACACAUAUGCCAAAACGAAAAGCUUUACGUAAUCGUUUUGAUCUUCAAGAAGAUUGUAAUGAUUGCGUAGCAACAACAUUUUGUGCUCCAUGUGCUAUUUGUCAAGAAGCACGUGAACUUAAAUCUCGCCUGACGACUAACGAAGGACCAGUUGUAGUACAACCAGUGAGUGCAAAUUAUAGUACAUUUGGACAAUCAAAAGUGACAAAAUAA